GCCCCAGGCUGCCUCAUAAGGACGUGUGCCAGCCUCAGAGCUCGGUGAAGGCUUCUGUACAAGAACGGGUCGUGUGGGCUUUCCCUCCAUCGUUGGAUGCUGUUUGCCAAGGACCAUGGUCUGCUGAGAAGGAAGAGGAACUCAAAGGAGGCACAAGUGACACUCCGUUGACCAUACAGUCGGGGGGCCGCAGCAGAAACAGGCCAGGCCAAAGGAAAAUAGGAGCAACUUUACGCACAGCAACGGGGCAGCUGUGGUUGGGCAGAAAUGGAGAACGCCCAUGCCAAAACAGGGGAGGAGUGCUUGGCUUACUUUGGAGUGAGUGAGCACACAGGCCUCUCUCCUGAGCAGGUGAAAAAGAAUCUGGAAAAAUAUGGACACAAUGAACUCCCAGCUGAAGAAGGCAAAAGCAUUUGGGAGCUGGUGGUGGAACAAUUUGAAGACUUGCUUGUCCGAAUCCUCCUACUUGCAGCCUGCAUCUCCUUUGUACUGGCCUGGUUUGAGGAAGGUGAGGAGACAGUCACAGCUUUUGUGGAACCAUUUGUCAUCUUGUUGAUCCUGAUUGCCAAUGCCAUUGUUGGAGUAUGGCAGGAGAGGAACGCUGAGAAUGCCAUUGAGGCUCUAAAGGAGUAUGAGCCUGAGAUGGGCAAGGUGUAUCGGUCUGACAGAAAGUCUGUGCAGAGAAUAAAGGCCAGGGAUAUGGUUCCUGGUGACAUUACAGAGGUGGCAGUUGGUGACAAAGUGCCAGCUGAUAUCCGCAUCAUUUCCAUCAAAUCCACCACAUUGCGUGUGGACCAGUCCAUUCUGACAGGCGAGUCUGUCUCAGUGAUCAAACACACUGAUCCCGUCCCAGAUCCCCGUGCUGUGAACCAGGACAAGAAGAACAUGCUUUUCUCAGGUACCAACAUCGGUGCAGGCAAAGCUGUAGGUAUCGUUAUCGCUACAGGUGUGGGCACCGAGAUUGGCAAGAUCCGCGAUGAGAUGGUGGCCACUGAGCAAGAGAAGACACCCCUGCAGCAGAAGCUGGAUGAGUUUGGCGAGCAGCUAUCCAAGGUCAUUUCCCUCAUCUGCGUCGCUGUCUGGCUUAUCAACAUCGGGCAUUUCAACGACCCCGUCCACGGCGGCUCCUGGAUCCGCGGCGCCAUUUACUACUUCAAGAUUGCUGUUGCCCUUGCUGUGGCUGCCAUCCCAGAAGGCCUUCCUGCUGUCAUCACCACCUGCCUAGCCCUGGGUACCCGCCGUAUGGCCAAGAAGAACGCCAUUGUCAGAAGCCUGCCCUCUGUGGAGACCUUGGGCUGCACAUCUGUCAUCUGCUCCGACAAGACUGGCACCCUCACCACCAACCAAAUGUCUGUUUGCAAGAUGUUUGUCAUUGACAAAGUAGAGGGCGAUCUCUGCUCUUUGAAUGAGUUCUCUAUUACUGGAUCCACCUAUGCCCCUGAAGGAGAAGUCUUCAAGAACGACAAACAGGUUCAUGCUGGACAUUAUGAUGGGCUCGUUGAAUUGGCUACUAUUUGUGCCCUUUGCAAUGACUCUUCUCUGGAUUUCAAUGAGUCCAAAGGUGUAUUUGAGAAGGUGGGUGAAGCCACCGAGACUGCCCUUACCUGCUUGGUGGAGAAGAUGAACGUCUUCAACACAGAUAUACGCAACCUUACCAAGGUGGAGCGCGCCAAUGCUUGCAACACUGUGAUCAAACAACUCAUGAGGAAGGAAUUCACCUUGGAGUUCUCCCGUGAUAGGAAGUCCAUGUCUGUCUUCUGCACCCCAGCAAAAGCUUCCCGGGCUGUUGGCAACAAGAUGUUUAUCAAGGGCGCCCCCGAGGGUGUGAUAGACCGUUGUAACUAUGUCCGUGUGGGCACCACCCGCGUUCCUCUCACCUCCAAUGUCAAGGACCAUAUUAUGGGAGUCAUCAAGGAGUGGGGCACAGGACGGGACACCCUCCGCUGCUUGGCCCUGGCCACCCGUGACACCCCCCCAAAGAGAGAUGACAUGGAUCUUGAGGACUCCACCAAGUUUGUGCAGUAUGAGAUGGACAUGACCUUUGUGGGCUGUGUAGGCAUGUUGGACCCACCCCGCAAAGAGGUGUCGGACUCCAUGCAGCUGUGUCGUGAAGCUGGUAUCCGUGUCAUCAUGAUCACAGGUGAUAACAAAGGCACAGCCAUUGCCAUCUGCCGCCGCAUUGGCAUCUUCUCCGAGAAUGAGGAAGUGACCGGCAGGGCCUACACCGGCCGUGAGUUUGAUGACUUGCCCUUAAGCGAGCAGCGGGAAGCCUGCAAGAGAGCCUGCUGCUUUGCUCGUGUUGAGCCAACGCACAAGUCCAAGAUUGUGGAGUUCCUUCAGAGCUUUGAUGAGAUCACAGCCAUGACCGGUGAUGGUGUCAAUGAUGCUCCAGCUCUGAAGAAGGCUGAGAUUGGUAUUGCCAUGGGCUCUGGUACUGCUGUAGCCAAGAGUGCCUCAGAAAUGGUGCUGGCAGAUGAUAACUUCUCCACUAUUGUAGCUGCCGUUGAGGAGGGCCGGGCCAUCUACAACAAUAUGAAACAAUUUAUCCGCUACCUCAUCUCUUCCAACGUGGGUGAGGUUGUUUGUAUCUUCCUCACUGCUGCCCUGGGUCUCCCUGAAGCCUUGAUCCCUGUGCAGCUGCUGUGGGUGAACUUGGUGACUGACGGGCUCCCAGCCACUGCCUUGGGCUUUAACCCCCCUGAUUUGGACAUCAUGAACAAGCCCCCUCGCAGCCCCAAGGAGGCCCUGAUCAGUGGCUGGCUCUUCUUCCGCUAUAUGGCCAUUGGAGGAUAUGUUGGAGCUGCCACUGUUGGUGCUGCUGCUUGGUGGUUCUUAUAUGCUGAGGAUGGACCUGCCGUGACCUACUACCAAUUGUCCCAUUUCAUGCAAUGCUCAGAACACAAUGCUGAUUUUGAUGGCGUGGACUGUGAAAUCUUUGAGUCUUCUGUCCCAAUGACCAUGGCUUUGUCUGUCCUGGUCACCAUAGAGAUGUGCAAUGCACUCAACAGUCUGUCAGAGAACCAGUCCUUGGUUCGGAUGCCUCCCUGGGUGAAUAUCUGGCUUAUGGCAUCUAUCUGCCUCUCCAUGUCUCUGCACUUUGUCAUCCUGUACGUUGACCCCCUGCCUAUGAUCUUCAAACUGACACACUUGGGUUUCCACCAUUGGUUCAUGGUGUUAAAGAUAUCCAUCCCUGUCAUCCUGCUAGAUGAGCUGCUCAAAUUUGUCGCCCGGAACUAUCUGGAGCAGAGUUUAGAAGAAAGGAUGAGGAUGUGAACCUUUGUGUCAUCACGGAAAUAACCUCUUCAGCCCAAAACGUGAAGAUCUUCCUACUUCCCUCAGCCAUGUCUGCCAUACCCACCCCUACUUCUCUGCCUGUCCUUUAUUUAACAGCCAAUUUCUUCCCCACAAACCCUCUGUACCAUACCUCCUUUAUUGGGGACUUACCAGUGUGGGUCGCAAAUCUGGCAUCUGCCACGCCAUCCGUGUCCCCUGCCAGCUUCCCCUCCACCCCCAAAACACCGUAGCUGCUUGGCUUCUGUACAUUUUGAGCCAUCUACCCACCCCUUGCCCUGCUCACAAACACACACACACGACCCUCCCCACACUGCUUUCUGCAUUAGUGCCCACACAAACGACGUUCGUUCCCCCUCUUCACAGACUAGAACCCACCUCAAACCAGGGGUUGGAUUUUUUAAUGCACACAUAAACAGAAGGAAACAUUUUGUUAGGGAAAACAAAACAAGUGAGACUCCUCAACUUGGAGGAAACGAAGAGAUUCUUCUAGCUGCUUAUUUAUUGAUAUUAAAGAAUAAACUCUUAACUGUA